AUGACACCUUCUCAGGUUACUUUUGAAAUAAGAGGAACUCUUUUACCAGGAGAAGUUUUUGCCAUAUGUGGAAGCUGUGAUGCUUUGGGAAACUGGAGUCCUCAGAAUGCUGUGACUCUUCUUCCAGAAAAUGAGACAGGUGGUGAAAGCAUGUUAUGGAAAGCAACCAUUGUACUCACUAGAGGGGUAUCAGUUCAGUAUCGCUACUUCAAAGGGUGCUUUUUAGAACCAAAGACUAUCGGUGGUCCAUGCCAAGUCAUAGUUCACAAGUGGGAGACUCAUCUACAACCACGAUCAAUAACCCCUUUAGAAAGUGAAAUUAUUAUUGACGAUGGACAAUUUGGAAUCCACAAUGGUGUUGAAACUCUGGAUUCUGGAUGGCUGACAUGUCAGACUGAAAUAAGAUUACGUUUGCAUUAUUCUGAAAAACCUCCUGUCUCAAUAACAAAGAAAAAAUUAAAAAAAUCUAGAUUUAGGGUAAAGCUGACACUAGAGGGCUUGGAAGAGGAUGAUGAUGAUAGGGUAUCUCCCACCGUUCUUCACAAAAUGUCCAACAGUCUAGAGAUCUCCUUAAUAAGCGACAAUGAGUUCAAGUGCAGGCAUUCACAGCCAGAGUGUGGGUAUGGCUUGCAGCCCGAUCGUUGGACAGAGUACAGCAUACAGACAAUGGAACCAGAUAACCUGGAACUAAUAUUUGAUUUUUUUGAGGAAGAUCUCAGUGAACAUGUAGUUCAGGGUGAUGCCCUUCCUGGACAUGUAGGGACAGCGUGCCUCUUAUCAUCCACCAUUGCCGAGAGUGGGAAGAGUGCUGGAAUUCUUACUCUUCCCAUCAUGAGCAGAAAUUCCAGAAAAACAAUAGGCAAAGUGAGAGUUGACUAUAUAAUUAUUAAGCCAUUACCAGGAUACAGUUGUGACAUGAAAUCUUCAUUUUCCAAGUAUUGGAAGCCGAGAACACCAUUGGAUGUUGGACAUCGAGGUGCAGGGAAUUCUACAACAACUGCUCAGCUUGCUAAAGUUCAAGAAAAUACUAUUGCUUCUUUAAGAAAUGCUGCUAGUCAUGGGGCAGCCUUUGUAGAAUUUGAUGUACAUCUUUCAAAAGAUUUUGUGCCUGUGGUGUAUCAUGAUCUUACCUGUUGUUUGACAAUGAAAAAGAAAUUUGAUGCUGAUCCAGUUGAAUUAUUUGAAAUUCCAGUAAAGGAAUUAACAUUUGACCAACUCCAGUUGUUAAAGCUCGCUCAUGUGACUGCUCUAAAAUCUAAAGAUCUGAAAGAAUCUGUGGUUGAGGAAGAAAAUUCUUUUUCUGAAAAUCAGCCGUUUCCUUCUCUUAAGAUGGUUUUAGAGUCUUUGCCAGAAGAUGUAGGGUUUAACAUAGAAAUAAAAUGGAUCUGCCAACAGAGGGAUGGAAUGUGGGAUGGUAACUUAUCAACAUAUUUUGACAUGAAUAUGUUUUUGGAUAUAAUUUUAAAAACUGUCUUAGAAAAUUCUGGGAAGAGGAGAAUAGUGUUUUCUUCAUUUGAUGCAGAUAUUUGCACAAUGGUUCGGCAGAAGCAGAACAAGUACCCCAUAUUAUUUUUGACUCAAGGAAAAUCUGAUAUUUACCCUGAACUCAUGGACCUCAGAUCUCGGACAACCCCCAUUGCAAUGAGCUUUGCACAGUUUGAAAACCUACUGGGGAUAAAUGCACAUACUGAAGACCUGCUCAGAAACCCAUCCUAUAUUCAGGAGGCAAAAGCUAAGGGACUAGUCAUAUUCUGCUGGGGUGAUGAUACCAACGAUCCCGAAAACAGAAAGAAACUGAAGGAACUUGGAGUUAAUGGUCUAAUUUAUGAUAGGAUAUAUGACUGGAUGCCUGAACAGCCAAAUAUAUUCCAAGUGGAGCAGUUGGAACGCCUGAAGCAAGAAUUGCCAGAGCUUAAGAGCUGUUUGUGUCCCACUGUUAGCCGCUUUGUUCCCUCGUCUUUGUGUGGGGAGCCUGGUAUCCAUGUGGAUGCCAACGGCAUUGAUAACGUGGAGAGCGCUUAGUUUGUAUUGGGCAGAGGCCAUUUUGGGGCAUGCACCGCUGUUCUGGGUAUUGACUUUUCUUCAUCGAGCAUCGUUGAUCCAAGCCUUCUAGGUUUCUCAGUCCAAUGAAGCAAUAAUGAAGUAUUUUACUCUUUCACUACAAUUCUUGCUAGAAUUUCACGUAUGCUAUUUAAAUCACUUGGCCAGGUAUAAUUACCAGUCAGUCUCUUUACAAUGAGAAAAUUUAUUGGUUGACAAACCUAUUAAACUAAAUAUGUAAACAUAUAAUGUUAAACAGAUGUUCAUUAAAAGCAUAGUGCUUUGAAAUUAACUAUAUAAAUGUCUUAUAUUUACAGUUCUUACAGCUUUCAUUUGAUCAGGUCUGAAACAUUUAGCACUUGGGGAACAUGACUAUGCAUAAUUAUACCUGACCAUGGAAAAAAUAAGUACCUCAAAUGCAUGCAUUUGCACUGGUGAUUCCAACUGCACAAAUCUUUGUGCCAUCUAUGUAUAUAUGUAUUUUUUACAUGGAUUGACAUGCACAGACACCAUUUUCAUUCAGUAUGAACCUUGAGGCUGCUGCCUUCUCCCACUUAACCAAACCAGUGCCUGUGUAAACAGCCUGCAGGUGAUCCUUGAGAGCUUGUUUCAUAAGUCUUUCAAAAGUUGUUUUGCAUAAAUGUUAAAGUUUCAAAAAUGCUGCAGGGUAAUUUAAUGUAUAAAACAUUAGAAGUAUGUAUUGCAUACUUAUUAGAGUAGAUCAUAUCAUAAUGUAUAAAUUCUAUUCAAUGCAUGCUUUAGGUUUUAAGCAUGAGAUUGUACAUGUUUACUGUAGGUCCUUGCAUCUGUGGUGCUAGGUGAGUGUGAGAAGGUGUCAAGGACUGAAAAUAUUUUGUUGCCUAAAAAAAAAAAAAAAAAACCCUGUUUGUAGGCGUUUUCAAUAUGCUUAUUUUAAGUGUCUCUCACUACCUAUUACGCACCAUUGCUUUGUGGGUUUGUUUUGUGUGUGUGUGUGUGUUGUACAGUAGUUAAAUUUCCAUGCAGAAAAAUAAAUGUCCUGAAUUCUCAUAUUGGUAUUCUUUAUUGGUUAGUAUAUAUCAGGCAUGUAAUUUAUGUAGAAAUGUAGAAGAUCCUUCUAAAUGUAUAUGCGUGUUUUUAGGAUUAUACUAAGGUUUCUUUGAUUAGAUGCUGAUUGUUUUGGCAUAACUGUAACUUAAGAACGAAUGUUAAACAAAACAUACAGAUUUAUUUUCUUCCUUAUAAAACAAAAUUUCAAGAAGGUAUUACUUUUAUAGACUUGAUUCUAUAAUAUUAUUAUGAGAAAUUGGAACUUAGGAAUUGGAAUCCUACCCUAAAGUGAUG